CGGCGGUGGUCGAGCUUUGUGGCAGAAUCGCGGAGUAAAUCGAGUCAGGACACACAUUUAUUACACUCAUACCCACCAUUAGCACCAUUGCUAAUUAUGUGAAAAUGAAUAAUUAAUUGGUUGAUAAUUGUCGGGUUGAUUGCCUGCAAUGUAAACACCGAAAAAUUGUCGCAAAUUCGCAAGCGUUUAAAUAAACGUGGGCCAAAAACCCUGUAUUCCAAUGUGCUCAAUUACGAAUCGAUUUCAACUCAAUUUCGGGUUCCGUUUCGGCAACGGAGUGUUCAAAUAAACGAAACGAAUCAACAUAUCAAACUAAUUGCAAUCGAAUUUAAAUAACGUUCAAUUAAAAAGCAUGGUUUGCAAAGUCAAACCCAUAAUCACACCAUAUUUGCCUGUGUAAAGUGUGUGUGCAAGUGUUUUGGCGAGAAAAGAAGAAGAGAAAGGGUGAAAGGGUGAAAGGGCUUCGAAUCAACAUCAAUCAAUUAAUUGGGAACCCAAACGAGAAAGGGGAACCAGCCAGGACAAGUCAGCCAUCCGGCCGAAGAUGGACCAGCGUAAUCUAACACUGCCAACGCCAGCCGCAACAACAAUUAUGUCCUCGUCAUCCGCAGCGAUGGCGAUGGGCUUUGGAUCCUUUGGAGGAGGAGGAGUGGGAGCAGGAGGAGGACCAACGACGUCUGCCCUGGCAGGAUCCACAAUAGCAUUAGCCACAACAACAACGACGGCAGCGACGACAACAACGCCGGCCACAUUUUUUACCUACAGCAUACCAGGCAUGGACAUUGCGCCAGGACCAUUUAUAUUCACCUACGUUAGUGAAUUUUUAUCGCUUAUCACGCCCGAGGAAUUGCCGCUGGAAUCCAUACGCGAUGUCUUACACAAAAACACCAGCCUGCUGGACUUUGCCUCCAAUGCCAUUAAAAUCGAGUCCGGCUUUAUUGCACUGAUGAGCGUGUUCGCCAUCCUGGCCCUGGUUCCCCUCAUUGCCACCUGUGCCUGGUGCUGUGGUCGUCGCUCCACCCAGGAGGAGGUGGACCACAUACGGAAUGCCCCCUGUAACAUCCGGGACGAGUCGCUGGAGGAGAGUUUGCGGUGCCGCAAAAGCGCCGGACUGGUCACCCUGUGGAUUGUUUUCAUUCUGCUAACGCUGAGCGACUUCAGCAUAUUUUACGCCAACAGUCGCCUGUCCGCCGGAAUCGAGAUGACGCCCGAGAUGGUCAAGUCAGCCGUGCACGACGUGGAGGUCUUUCUGAAGGACACGCAUCUACAAAUCAAACACAAACUGGAUAAUGGCUUCCACGUUUCCGUGGAGCGGGUCGUCAAAGAUCUAGAAGACGUGGAUGUUCUCCUUGGCGAGCCGAUUCAAGCGGAAAUAUCCGCACACACUGGCCUUGAGCUGGCGUAUGAUUCACUGACGACACUUAGCCUGGCGAACGCGGAGCUCAUCUAUCGCGUGCUCAUGCUGCAGGAGACGGUGGGCAGGGCCUUGAAACUCUCCCAGGAGGCGGCCGCCAGGAUGGAGGAGCUGCAGAUCCAGCUGUCCGUGCUGCAGCGCCAGUGCACGUACCGCGACCGCCCGCUCUGCGACACGUUGCGUAUACGCAGCUUCGAGGAGAACGGCGUCGUCGACGCGCUGAAAACUCUGCAAGAGGACCAGAGCAUCUUCCGUAUGCGCUACUUGGGCGAAAUUGAAUUCGGUGCCACUGUCAAAAAUCUGACAUCGGAAGUUGGCGUGUCACGUUCCAUUUUCAGCAAUUUCCCGCAACAAGUUAAACAUGACACGGCAUAUGAACGGAACUAUACGUUAGAACAGUUGGCGACUAUUCGCCUUCGAACGACUGCCAAUGCCCAGCAGCUGACCUCGACGAUAAGUGGACUGCUGCAGCGACUGGAGGGCACCUGGUCAUCCAUGCAGCCCGCCUACAACGAACUGAAGGAGUGGGCGGAUUCCUACUGGAGUGUGGGAUGGAUUGCGGGAACGGUGAUAGUCUGGGUGAUGCUCUUCAUGCUGAUGUCCUACUGCUGUUUCCUCUGCGAAUCGAAUGUCAAGUCCGGAGUGGUCUUCUUCAUCGCCGUAAUGCUCAUCUGCCUGGCCAGCAUUGGUCUGACCUUCUAUGGUGUAUUUUCCCUGGCUGUGGGCGGCAAUGCCGAGGUCUUCGUCUGCCGGUCUCUCUAUGAUCCGGACUACAAUAUGCUAAACAAACUGCUGGACAAACCGGGUUACGCAUACGCCCGGGAGCCCCAAACAGGGAUCAUAGGAGAGCUACUGCGUCCAGCUGGCGUCAAUCGCUCGGUGGUCAAUGUGGGUCUUGGCCAGGCCCUGAGAGGCUGCGAGCAAAAUCAAGCAUCGUACAAUGUCUUUCAAUUGGAUGCAUUCGUGAAUACCAGCAAAAUAGCCGACCUGCGCCAGUUUCCAAAAGUGUCCACUGCCAUCGAUGCGAUUUCCGUGUCCGGGCGAACGCUCCUCUCGCUCACCCAAUCCGUCCAGAACAUUUUGGAGAACAUGCUGCAAACGUCCUCGUUCAAUUUGACCACGUACCGCAGCAGCGUGGGUGCGCCCACGCCCGAAAAGGAUUUGGCCACGUUCAUUGAUCAAAUGCAGCGGGUGGCCUUGCAGAUUCAGGAUGUGGCCACGUCCUCGCGCAUGACCACACUGGGCAGCCGGUCCAAGCGGCUGCAGGCCUCGAUCCUCCAGCCCUUGGAGAACCUGCAGAACGAGAUACUAUAUCAUCUGACGGCCCUCGAGCUGCAGAGGGAUCCCUGGGCCAAGCAGGUCAACCAGACGCUCAACCACCUGAAGAGCAUCCAGAGCUACCUGGAGAACAAGGCCGGCGAGAUAUGUCACAAUAUGACGCGAGCCUACACGGAUCGCCUGAAGGCCUACUUGACCACGAGUCGCGCCACCAUGGAGUCCCAGCUGGGCGACACCACCACCAAGUGCCGACCCUUCUACGACACCUUCGACGCCAGCCGCACCUUCCUCUGCCGCAACAUGGUCGACUUCAUCAACGGCCUGACCUUCUUAAUCUUCCUCACGCUGCUCCUCUGGGCCAUUGGCACGCCGGUGGGCCUCAAUCUAAUCACCGUGCAAACGCGGCUAAAUGUGAUGCAGGCGGCCCAGGCGCGUAAUAAGGGCAGGCACAGGAGGAGCGACCGGAGUCCGGAGCAGGAGCAGCGGAGCGGAAGUCGUGGCCGGAAGAAGCAGCGGACGAGCAGUUCGGCGGCCAGCGGGCGGAGUGGAAAGAGGGAGCAGAGCCGGGAGAGAAGCACCAGCAGCACUGCGAGACCAAAGCCACCACUAAGACGCACUGCCACUGAAGAGACCCUGGACCUGGCCGAUGAAGACUCCACUCCAUCCAGGCAGCAGCAGCAGCAGCAACAACCACAACGGCGCCAGGAGCAGAGCCAGCGGGAUACGGACAGGGAGCGGGUGCGGGAACGGGAUCAGCGGAGUCGGGAGCGGGAAUUGAGCAGGGGUCGUGACGUUUCUGCCUUAAACACGCCGGUCCGCAGUCGCAGUCGCCAGCAGCUGCGCCACGAUCCCGAGGAUGACAAUUGGGGCUCAUCCAGCGGACCCAGUAGGGCCAACUCCCAUGAGCGAGACCGCGAGAGCAGUCAGACUAGAAAGAUACUCAAUAUUUGGCAGUCGCGCAAUAAGAUCAAGACGCCCCUUCGCCGGCAAGGCACUGAGGAGUUCGACUUUGAGGAUGCCCACGAGGACAGAGGGUGGCAGACCCAGAGCCAGAACCAGAAUCAGAUCCAUAGCCAUAGCCAUAAUCAGUCCAGUGUCAGUCCCGAACAGAGGCCCGAUCCGCGCAGCCUUCGCUCCAAUCUCCGUACUAAGACCAAGUUACGUAGUACCAAUGCGGAUAGAGCUAGCAGUGAAACGGUCCGGCGUCCCAUAACUCCCGUGCUCAGCGUAAAUCCGGACAUUCCGGCCGCCAUUCCGAUGCCCCGGACGCCGAUGCGUCUCAAGAGCAAGGUCUCGCUGACCGCCCGAGCUGUGCAGGACAUUGUCAACAAGCGGAAUCAGCGCCUUCAACGCACCGGCACCGAUGAAUUCGACUUGGAUGAAAGCGAUGCCUACGGUGCUGGUCAUUUGGAUGCGGACGUUGCGGCCGCCCGACGCACGCCGCCCAGGUCCGCCCCACCGCCGCCUCCUCCCCCAGCGGCCGGCUUGAACAGUGGUGAUCGCACGGUGCGCUGGAACGAGGACGAAACGGAGGAUUUCGACUUCGAGGAUGUCGACGCACCGAAGAGCCCCAUGUACUUGAGCCACAAUCUCCAUUGAGUCCAUCUAACAUCUCGAAUAUUGCUCUUUGUUUUGUAUUUCGCUUCUAUCACUCCCUAGAUCGUAAGUCAACUGUAGCUAUAGUGGCGAUUCAAUAUGAUUUAGGCAUUUAACAAGCGUAAAUAAAUAAAUAAUCUGUAGCGAA